AUGGCAUUCCAGCAGCCACAACCACAGCAGCGACCAACAGCCCAACGACAGAUCUCCCUCACGAAGCAAGACGCCGCAGCCCAAGCGCCAGCAUCACCAACAAGGAAACGCUUGAUCGAAGAGUCCCAAGAAUGGAUCUUGUUCUCUCCUAAGCAUGACGAACAGUCGCACACCUCACGAACACCUCGAACAGCGACAGAUGUAGGCUCGCUAGAAACUCAUGUCCGAUCGCAACAGCUUGGCAGCGCAGAAGAAGCCACAUGCCAGGGGACGGAAGAAGACGAUGAUGAUGCCGAACUCGACAGCCUCGAUGAUGGUCUGCACGCCUUUCAACACCAUCCCUUCUCCUCAUCGUCCCAUCAACUGGACCAGAGUGGUGGAGCUGUACUACCAACCCAUGAUGGCUUGGGGAUGUUCCCAUCAUCUACCGGUUUGCAAGAGCAUUUGUGGCAGUUCGAGCGGUACAAUCCACACCGCCGACGUCAUGCGAGGCGAAGAAGCAGCAUUCAGCGACGGCUCGAUGAGGUGGAGGAGGAAGAGGAACAUGACUUGGUGGAUGAGCGGACAGCACGUGUCGAGAAGUGGAGGCUGGAGCAGAGUAAGGCUGUGCUGGAGGAGAUUGAGCGGGAAGCAAGAAGAAGACAACGGCGCAUGAGUCGGCUGAGCGGAGAUGUUCGAUCGGAAGUGCGUGAGAGCGUGAAGAUGAGGAGCCACUCGGUGGUAGAAGCUCUACGUCAGGCGGCACCACCUGCGGAACAACAGCCGGAGCAGAGUGGAGAGUCUUGGUGGCAGAGACUCACACGAAAGGUCAUUCAAGAUCUCAUCGGUCUGGAUGAGACGACUCUGUCUGUUAUCUUUGGCGAACAGCUGGCUGAGGAUCCAUCGCCAACUCCAACACAACCAUCACCACUAACUCGAGCAGUUAAGCAAGAAUCACGAGUCACAUUUCGGGAUCAGGAGCAUGGAUGGGAAGCGAAGCUGAUGCAGCGUAUCGCGAAAGAGCUAGGCAUGCUCGUGGAUCAGCUCUCGGAUCAUGAUGCAAAAGCUUUCAGCACUUAUGCGCACGGACAGCAGGAGUUGAGUUAUGCUGGACUGGAAGAAGAGCAACCUGCAACAACAAGCCGGACUAUCCCACAGCGAAAGCAUCGUCUGAGUAGAACUGCCGCACAGCCAUCGGCAUCGAGCGAUGCUCUCUUCUCGCCCACUCUCCGACGACAAAGUGGUGAUGAGCCAGAUUCAUCCGUCUGGGGUAUCGAAGACGACGAGCCUAGAGCACAUGAACGCACAGCCGAAGAGAUAGCCGAGGGGGAGUACUGGGAGCGAGACGUCGACGUCAACAUGCUCUUCACCUACCUUCGCCGCCGCUUCUCCUCCUCCUCACCUACACCACCACCUGCACAACCACAGGGACCACUACCAGCAAGCUGGAUAACCUCCAACGCAACAUUCGCACUCGGCACCUCGCUCGCCUCCAUGCGCCGCGCAGAAGCCAUACGCCGGCAACACCCGCUCGUCUCCCGUGCAGCCGAACGCGCCGCAGCACAAUCCCGCCAACGCGAUUCGUUGCUACGACGUCACCAGAUGCAGUCAUUACUGCUCAAGCGCAGUGCCGUGGACGGAGAUAAGAUGAGUAGUUGUGCCAGCCAGAGCACGAAGCGGAGUCGACAUAGUCGCAGUGGGAGCUCGAGACAUUAUUGGCUGGAGGGGAGCGGGAGUAUGGGGAGUGGAGGGCAGGUGAUGAGUUCGGGGCUUGGAGGGUGGGGUGAGGUUUAG